AUGAACCCAAGAACAAGUUAUUCUUCUACAAGAGACUCCGGCGUAGAAGCUCACCCCCUUCAACAUCCGCCUACUUAUAGUCAACUCUAUGGCAUUCUUGACCUUCGACGGGUACUUCUCGACGUCGUCGUCAUAGUACUUGAAGUGCUGAAUGUCGUCUUCUGUCUGUUCGUUGGCUUCGAACCGUUGUUGUGUGAGGAGGAAGAUGGCAACCCGGCAGUGAAAUGCGACGAGGGUCUGAUGAUCCGGAGCAUCAUCCUUGACGAAGACCGCGAAGCAGUGGCCAGCCCCCAGUGCUACGCCCUAGGCCUGAUCCCGUUUUGCAAGCAGAAUCCUAACCUCCGGAUCGAGCGUUGCGUCAGCUUGUGGAGGAACGCCUUACAACCGGACUCCAUCUUUGGCACACCUUCCAAAAAGUACAAAGCCAGCGCGGCCUCGCAUAGUUUCGAAGACAGGCAGAUCACCAAUAACGUGUCGCAAUGGGUCAUGGAAGCCAUUACCCUCGCUCCGGCGGGAAUGCUCUCCGUGUCUUCUCCGCUUGACCUUGACGGCCAGCCGGUGCCCGACCUGUGCGCUAAGAUGUUCCAGAAGACGGUCCAGCGAGACGUCGCGUGGCAGGCUGCCUGA